GGGAUAAUCGCUGGUCUUCCUCACCUUAAAACCUAAAUAAAUAAGCUCGUCUUCCUCACCUUCUCAUUGCCACCUACGACCGCCAACGUCGUAUCUGCCUCAUCGACCUUCGCCAAAAAUCAGCACCUUCGCCAAGACCUUUGUUGGAUCCAAGCCCAAUCCGACUCAUGGAUAAUCGCUGCCCUAAUAGGACCAUCACUCCUCGCUCUCUUCAACAUCACCACCGGACGAUGCAUCGUCGGCGAUCCCGGACCGAAUCCCGAUGAGUUCUGCGACGAGGAUGAAGAGGAAUCAAGCGGGCCACUGCCAGCACCGAAUCCCUCCUCCAUAUCUAAAUGGUAAGAACCACUUUUGUGUCUCUUCAUCUAUCUCACAGAUCGAUUCUUCCUUCGCUGCCAUGGCGCCUGAGAAGGUGACAGAAAUGGUGCUGAAUGUCGAUCUCAAAUGCUCCGGCUGCUACAAGAAAGUGAAGAAGGUUAUCUGUAAAAUCCCCCGUGAGUUUUUCUUCAUAAUUACUUGA